CGCAGUCGAGCACCGUGCGGUUCCUCGCGGCAGGCCCUCUCCUCCUCGUCCCUGUCAUGCAAAGCUGGCUCUCCCGCGCCCGUCCCGGGCUCCCGCGCCCCGCCGGCCUCCUCCUGCUGGCUGUCUCCGUCUCGCUGCUUCUGCCCUUCUCCCGGUCUUGCGGCAUCGUCCACUACGGGCCUCAAGACGGGGUGAAGGUGUUGGACGCAAACACGCUAAAGAACUUCAUCCUCUACUCGCGCAGCGCCUGGGCGGUCCAGUUUUAUGCUAACUGGUGCGAUGACAGCGUCGACUUUGUCCCCGUCUGGCUAGACCUGGCCAAGGAGGUCAUUGAUUGGUGGCCUGCUGUGAAGUUGGCGGUGGUGGACUGUGGUGAUAUGGCCAAUGAGAAGAUAUGUGCAGAUAAUGAAAUCGUGGAUUACCCAAUCGUGAAGUUUUUCAAGCCAUUCUCCAAAUAUUAUGGUGAAGGCGAAAAGGUCAAUGUCACUGAGCUUAGCCCACAAAGCCUGAAGAAAGAGAUCAUUGCAUUGGUAGCAAAGCACGAAAAAGCAUACUGGUCCCCUGAUGCCCCUAUACUGACGCCACUCAGUGCCAGCGAUGACCUCCAAACCCAGGGAAAUAAGGUGUUCUUGAUAUUUGAGGAUGAAUCAUCAACUUUGGGCAGCGAGGUGAUUCUGAACAUGGCCCAGUUCCAGAACAUUACUGUGAGGAGAGUCCUGAAGAAGGAUGAAAAGCUGGCGAGCGCAUGUGCUGUCACCUCCUACCCUUCUCUCUUCCAGUUUCACGACCAAAACUCCUGUGUAUUCCUGCUUUCGGACGCCUCUGUAUCCGGUUAUGCAAAAGCACUGCAGAAGCUACCGGGUGUCAACAAAAAAAUCGUAGUACCAGAGCAACCAGUGAUUAAACCAGAGGCUAAGCCUACUACCAUCUGGAAGGCAGCAGACAAGUCAGACUACAAGGCUGACCUGGAGUCUUCAGUGUUUUGUACUCUGCGACGAACUGAAAUGCAUUUCACUUAUCUUGAUGAAGAGCCAUUAGCUGUACUCAAGCAGUUCUUUACUUUAUUGGCUGAGUAUUUUCCUGAAGACUCCAUCAUCAACGAUGACCUUCACAACCUAUCUGACUGGCUUAGUGUGAGAAGCAAUGUCUCACGGAAUGAAUUGACAGAAGUUUUGAAGCCUAUUAAAGAGGCCGUAAAUGGCUGCCAAUCAGACAUUCGAACCUGGAUGGUAUGUGGUGAAAGCAGCCCUCAAUUACGAGGUUUUCCAUGCUCCGUGUGGCUUCUCUUCCACUACAUGACAGUGCAGGAAGGACGGUCAGGCAAUAAGGAAAUCACACAAUCAAAGUCCCUUUCCACAAUGCGAGAAUUCAUGAAGUACUUCUUUGGUUGCCCAAAAUGUUCAAAGCGCUUUGAGGAUAUGGCACGUGACUCCAUGGAUAGCGUGAAGAGCACCGAUGAGGCAAUUCUUUGGCUGUGGAGAAUACGCAACGCUUACAUCGUUUCCUUGCAAAAUGAUGGCAGGAGCAGUCAAGAAUUGCCCAAGAUUCAGUGGCCGUCUCAUGAUGAAUGUGAACAGUGCUUCAAAAGCAAUGGAGAAGUUGAUGAGCCAGUUGUUUUGAAAUACAUAAAGGAUUUUUUCUCAUUGAAGUUAUUGGGCAAAUAAACAUCAACUGACAAAUAAGCAUGCAAAAGCCCAGAAAUAUAACAAGUUUGGGCUGGUGCCUAAGAGAGAAUAAAGAAGUUCCACAAGCAAA